AUUUUCAUUUAAAAGAAGAUCAUUGUUUUCAUUACCCUAUCAUUAAUGUUUUCUAUUUUCCUUUAUCAGGGAGUUAGUUUGAAGUGAUUUGUGUUGCCAAACCGAACGCUUGUUUUCCUGCAAGAUGAAAGGAGACAGCCAUGAAUGAGCCACUGGACAGUUUUGCAAAUGCUUCUUCCGACUUCCCCGAUUUUGCAGCUCCUUUUGGAAAUUGCACUGAUGAAAAAAUCCCACUCAAGAGGCACUACCUCCCUGUAACAUAUAGCAUCAUCUUCCUGGUGGGCUUUCCAGGGAACGCAGUAGCAAUUUCCACUUACAUUUUCAAAAUGCGGCCGUGGAAAGGCAGCACCAUCAUUAUGCUGAACCUGGCCUGCACAGACCUGCUGUAUCUAACCAGCUUCCCUUUCCUGAUUCACUACUAUGCCAGCGGCGAAAACUGGAUCUUCGGGGAUUUCAUGUGCAAGUUCAUCCGCUUCGGCUUCCAUUUCAACCUGUACAGCAGCAUCCUCUUCCUCACCUGUUACAGCAUCUUCCGGUACUUCGUGAUCAUUCACCCCAUGAGCUGCUUUUCCUUUCACAAGACUCGAUGGGCCGUGGUGGCCUGUGCUGUGGUGUGGAUCAUUUCACUGGUGGCCGUCAUUCCCAUGACCUUCCUGAUCACAUCAACCACCAGGCCCAAUAGAUCGGCCUGCCUUGACCUCACCAGUUCGGAUGACCUCGCCACUAUCAAAUGGUACAAUCUAGUUUUGACUGCAACUACUUUCUGCCUUCCCCUGGUGAUAGUGACACUGUGCUAUACAAUGAUUAUCUGCACCCUAACCCAAGGACCUCAGAAUCACAGCUGCCUUAAGCAGAAAGCUAGAAGGCUAACCAUUCUGCUACUCCUCGUGUUUUACAUAUGUUUUUUACCCUUCCACAUCUUGAGGGUCAUUCGGAUCGAAUCUCGACUGCUUUCAAUCAGCUGCCCCAUCGAGAAUCAGAUCCAUGAAGCGUACAUCGUUUCUAGGCCGUUAGCCGCCCUGAACACCUUCGGUAACCUGUUACUGUAUGUGGUGGUCAGUGACAACUUCCAGCAGGCCCUCUGCUCGAUGGUGAGAUGCAAAGCCAGUGGGGACCUGGAACAAGCAAAAAAAAUCAGUUACUCAAACAACCCUUGACAUACUUCAUUUAGUCAACCAAGAAGAAAAGCCUGCUGACAUUUUAACUUCUAAGUCCAGAAUGGCUCCCUCAGUGGCUCUCAGGAAAUAUUGUAUG